UACUUUAGAAAUUAGUCUGUAGAAUUUUUUGAUUUAGCUUUAAGGGAUGUAGUUUUAAAAUUUCCUACCGCUAAAAUAAUGAAACUUUAGAAAAUAAGAUUUUUACAACUAUUUUUUGUAUGUUUUUGCUGUAGCUUUAGUUUUUUGAUUGUACCUUUAAAAACUAAGAUAAAGCAUGAUUGAUAGUAUUUAAGGUUGUAGAUAAAAAUUAUAGUUAAAGUCACUUCCUACAACCCAACCAAUCGCACCCAUAGUCUAGGGGAUACUAAUUUUUAUUUUCAUACGUUUGGUUCCAGCGUUACUUGCUGAAUUUUAGAAAAUACAAAACUAAAGAGUUUGAACAAUAAAAGAUAUAUAUACACGGGAGUGCACGAAUUGGAUAUCCAAAUUUUUAGAUCGAGAUUCGUUAAAAUCUAGUAGUCUCGAGAUUCGUUUAAGAUAGUGAAUAAUAAUAUACAAUGACCAUAACAUAAAAAUUAGAUAACAAUGACCAGAACAUAACAUAAAAAAUAUUAAAUUACUAUAUUCUAUUAAACCAAAAUUUUGAGAUCUGAAAAACGGGAAAACUUAGAUGGAACUAGACCAACCCUCAUUUCGGGUUCCAUAUAUUUUGUCCAGAAUAUAGUGGCACAUGGCACAUGAAGUUCACUACUAAAUAAACCUUAAACACCCAUCAACCACUACUAAUAAUUAAUUUAAGAUGCUAACCACUUACUAAUACUUUACUUAAAGCACCCUCGACAGUCGACACACACUCGCAUGAUAAAUAUAGGGCUGCCCGUGAGAGGGGAAUAGCAUCUCAUCAGUCGCAAAAACUUCACAGCCAAAAAAAACUGUUAUUUUUUUUUGAACAACUUUUCUAUUUUGCUUGUGUUGACAAUUAUGGGAAGGGAAAUGGGCCAAAAGUUCCAUGCAUUCAUGUUCCCGUGGUUCGCUUUUGGUCACAUGACUCCGUACGUGCAUCUAGCUAACAAGUUAGCUGAGAAAGGCCAUAGGGUUACUUUCUUGCUGCCCAAGAAAGCCAAGAAACAGUUAGAACAUCUUAACUUGUUCCCAGACAGCAUCGUCUUCCACCCCAUCACUAUUCCUCAUGUUGAUGGUCUCCCUGCUGGCGCCGAGACCCCCUCCGAUAUCCCAGUCACGUUAUGGAGGUUCUUGUCCACAGCCAUGGAUCUGACACGUGAUCAAGUUGAAGCUGCGGUUCGUGCCUUGAGACCUGACAUUAUCUUGUUCGACCUUGCUUACUGGAUUACGGAAGUGGCGAAAGAGCAUGGAAUCAAGAGUAUGUUGUACAACGUGAUAUCAGCUACCUCUAUAGCUCAUGACCUUGUCCCUGGUGGUGAGUUAGGAGUUCCUCCACCUGGUUAUCCUUCAUCAACUUUACUGUUCCGCCGACAUGAUGCUCACGCCUUGCUGUCCUUCGCCGUCUACUACAAGAGGUUUUAUUAUCGUGUCACCACAGGUCUUACGGAUUGUGAUUUCAUUUCCAUUAGGACGUGUGAAGAAAUCGAAGGUAAGUUCUGCGACUAUAUAGGGCGUCAAUACCAGAAGAAGGUUCUCUUGACGGGUCCAAUGCUUCCUGAACCCGACAAGAGUAAACCACUUGAAGAUAAAUGGAAUAAUUGGCUGAGCGGGUUUGAACCAGGCUCUGUAGUGUACUGUGCACUAGGCAGCCAAAUCACCUUGGAAAAGGACCAAUUCCAAGAACUCUGCUUGGGACUUGAGCUCACUGGUUUACCAUUUUUUGUAGCUGUUACGCCACCAAAAGGCGCCAAGACGAUUCAAGAAGCGUUACCAGAAGGGUUUGAGGAGAGGGUGAAGGGUCGUGGAGUAGUUUGGGGAGAAUGGGUGCAGCAACCAUUGAUAUUGGCUCAUCCAUCAGUAGGUUGCUUUGUGAGCCAUUGUGGGUUUGGGUCAAUGUGGGAGUCUCUAAUGAGUGAUUGUCAAAUAGUCUUGCUUCCAUACUUGGCGGAUCAAGUUCUUAACACGAGAUUGUUGACUGAUGAACUCGAGGUUUCUGUUGAAGUGCCAAGAGAGAAAACAGGAUGGUUCUCUAAGGAGAAUUUGAGUGUUGCGGUCACUUCUGUGAUGGACAAAGAUAGCGAGAUUGGGAAUCUGGUGCGUAGGAACCACUCCAAGUUGAAGGAGGUUGUGGUUAGUCCUGGAUUGUUAACCGGUUACACUGAUAAUUUUGUUGUCACUUUGGAGAACCUACUUAAGGAGACAAAACUUCCAUGAAUUAGUUUGCAGCUGUUUCAAAUUACGCAAUAAAAGUAGUUGUCUUUGUUCAACUUCUCCUUUUCUUGGUUCAUUAUGCUUUCCUUGUUUAGUUCAUUACUAUAUGUUUCCACAUAUAGUAAUUUUUUUAAUUAAUUUUCGGGAGAUAUUGACGCCUUAACCGAAGAUGUAAACGACAGUCACAUGUAAUAUGAGCAAUCACGUGGG